GCAGGCUCCUCUCUCUCUCUUUCUCUCUCUCUCUCCUGAAGAUCUUCGGGAGCGGCUCUUUUUCCGGCGCAGACGCUCCUUCGUUUCCGCUCUUUUUGGGUCUCUCGCUGCUCCGGCUCAGAGAUGGCGGUGUCUCUCGGGGAGGUGGCGGCAGUCGGCGGCGCUAGCCGUUUGCGACGGCAGCUGGAAUCCGGGAGUUACGCGGCGGAGGAGUACGUGAAGCAACUGUCCCAGCAGUCGGACGGGGACCGGGACCUGCAAGAGCACCGGCAGCGCAUUCAGGCGCUGAGCGAGGAGACGGCGCAGAGCCUCAAGCGCAACGUCUACCAGAACUACCGGCAGUUCAUCGAGACGGCCCGCGAGAUCAGCUACCUGGAGAGCGAGAUGUACCAGCUCAGCCACAUCCUCACCGAGCAGAAGGGCAUCAUGGAGACCGUCACCCAGGCCCUCUUGCUGCAGGCCAAUGUCGGCGAGAGGGAAGACCCGGCGGGAGCCCGGCGAGCUGCAGCUGCCGCCACCGACCCUUUCCUGCCUCUCUCCAGCAAGGACGCCUCGGCCAACGAGGAAGGCCGGCAGCGGACUCUCACCACCCUCUUGGAGAAAGUGGAGGGCUGCCGGGACCUGCUCCCGGAGAGCCCUGGCAAGUACCUAGUGUACAACGGGGACCUUGUGGAGUACGAUGCUGACCACAUGGUGCAGAUCCAGAAAGUCCACGCUUUCCUUAUGAACGACUGCCUGCUGGUGGCAGCCUGGCUGCCCAACCGGCGGGGCAUGUACCGUUACGAUGCCCUCUACCCGCUCGAUGGGCUGGCGGUGGUUAACGUCAAGGACAACCCCCCCAUGAAGGAUAUGUUCAAGCUGCUGAUGUUCCCCGAGAGUCGCAUCUUCCAAGCUGAGAAUGCCAAGAUCAAGAAAGAGUGGUUGGAAGUGCUGGAGGAGGCAAAAAGAAACCGAGUUCUCAGCGAGAAACGGAGGCUGGAGCAGGAGGUCCCAACGCGGGCUCUCUCAAUGCCUGCUGAGACUACUAAUCCGUUUGAAGUAGACGAGGAGGAAGAGGAGGUGGAGGAGGAAGAGAAGGCAACGCCGGAAGAAGAAAUGGUGGAUCUGUCUUUAGAAUGGAUUCAGGAGCUGCCAGAAGACUUGGAUGUCUGCAUUGCUCAGAGAGACUUUGAAGGGGCGGUUGAUUUGUUAGAUAAGCUGAAGGAAUAUCUGAGUGACAAACCUGUGACCCAGAUGGUUAGAGAGUUGCGAGCUAAGGUGGAUGAAAGAGUCCGACAGCUCACUGAGGUCCUUGUGUUUGAAUUGUCUCCGGAUAGGUCUCUCCGAGGAGGACCCAGAGCUACCCGGCGAGCUGUUUCUCAGCUCAUUCGCUUGGGCCAGUCAACUAAGGCAUGUGAACUUUUCUUGAAAAAUAGGGAAGCUGCUGUUCACACAGCCAUCCGACAGUUGCGCAUUGAGGGCGCCACGUUGCUGUAUAUUCACAAACUUUGUCACGUCUUCUUUACCAGCCUAUUAGAGACUGCAAGAGAGUUUGAGACAGACUUUGCUGGAAACAGUGGGUGUUACUCAGCUUUUGUGGUCUGGGCCCGGUCUACCAUGCGGAUGUUUGUAGAUGCAUUUAGCAAACAGGUGUUUGAUAGCAAGGAGAGUUUAUCUACUGCGGCUGAGUGUGUAAAGGUGGCAAAGGAACAUUGUAAGCAACUUGGCGAUAUUGGUCUGGAUUUGACCUUCAUUAUUCAUGCCCUACUAGUAAAGGAUAUCAAAGGGGCUCUGCAGAGCUACAAAGACAUCAUAAUUGAGGCCACAAAACAUCGCAACUCUGAAGAAAUGUGGAGGAGAAUGAACCUGAUGACCCCUGAAGCCUUAGGAAAGCUUAGAGAAGAAAUGAGGAGCUGUGGUGUGACCAAUUUUGACCAGUACACUGGAGAUGACUGUUGGGUGAAUCUUAGCUACACUGUUGUGGCUUUCACGAAACAGACCAUGGCUUUCUUGGAGGACGCUCUCAAGUUGUAUUUCCCUGAGCUGCAUAUGGUUCUGCUAGAAAGUCUGAUGGAGAUAAUCCUUGUGGCCAUCCAACAUGUUGAUUACAGUUUACGGUGUGAACAAGAUCCCGAGAAGAAAGCAUUCAUCAGGCAAAAUGCAUCUUUCCUUUAUGAAACUGUCCUUCCUGUUGUGGAAAAAAGAUUUGAGGAAGGUGUUGGAAAGCCUGCUAAGCAGUUGCAGGAUCUGAGGAAUGUUUCCCGACUAAUGCGUAUUAAUCCUGAAAGUACUACCUCAGUGGUGUGAAAUGUAAUGCCUCAGUAGUUUUCAUAUAGAGAUUGUAUAUACUUGUGUACAUACAUAAAGAUAUCUAUGUACA